AUGCGGGGAGUUCUUGGCAGAGUGGUGGAUCAGAAUCAAAGUGCCUUCAUUAAGGGGCGUCAAAUCACGGAUAAUAUCCUUAUAGGUUUUGAAUGCCAGCAUUGGAUUCGCCAGCGAAAGAAGGGUUUAGUGGAAUUAUUUGGAGGCCGUUAUCCAAAAGUUGAGAUUUCUGGACCAUCUGCGAAGGGUGAUUAUGAAGUGAGUGAGGUCAGUGUCUUUCAGUUUACUUAUGAACAGGAGCAUUUAUGGGCUCAGAGGGAACAGGCUAUCUAUGGGGUUGCGAUUAUGCAAGGCGAGCUGAAUAUUUCCCACAUUUUUUUCGCUAAUGAUAGCUUAAUCUUAUUUAAAGCUAAUGGUGUUGAGGCGCAACAUAUCAAGGGUAUUUUGAUGGCUUAUGAGCUGGCGUCGGGGCAACAGAUUAGUUUUGAGAAGUCCUCUGCUUCUUUUAGCCAUAAUACGACGGAGAUGGCUGAAACUGAGGUUUUGCAGGCCUUGAAUGUUAAGGCGGGAGCAGGUCUCCAGCGCUAUCUCGGCCUUUAUGCGUUUUCUCUCCGGCAAAAAGACUCCAAUUUGGAUAUAUUGUGGAGAAGAUCCAGAAAAAGCUUGCUUGUUGGAAUCAGCGUGAGUUCUCUGGAGCUGGAAGAGAGGUUCUUUUGA